AUGGAGCAUCACCACCAUCAAAAGACUAGCUCUAGAGAAAUUUUCUCCUUCCCUAGCACUCCAAGUCAAUAUCAAGAUUCCGACUUCGAAUUCGGUUGUUUAACACCUGAUUUUCCUCCAACUGAUGAUCCGUACAUGUCCUCACCAGCUGAUCAUCUUUUCUCCAAUGGUCGUCUCUUGCCUCAUUCUUUCCCAGUAGUACUUCAACAGCAAAAACAAUCACCAGCAACGUCCAUGGUUCUUAUCGAAUCUAUCUCUCGAGCAUCUAGUAGAAACAGCAGCUUGAGCAGCAGAGGUUCCCUCAUGUCGUCAAGAAGCAACAGUGUUAAUAGCAGUAGAAGCAGUGUGAGUAGCAGCAGCGCAAGAACAAGUUGGAGUAGUGACAAUUCUGAAAGGAGAUUACUAUAUCACAGUACAAAGCUUUCAAGAAAAACUCCUAUGGCUAGUAAAGUUAUAAUGGAGCAGCUAUAUGGAUCUUCUCAAAGGUGGCAACAUGUCAUGCCAAUGCCAGCCCUGAAACGUGAUGAUUCCAGGAGAAAAAAUAAUGCAGCGGUGAUAAAAAAGAAAGAAGGUGAUCAUCAACAUGGGAAAAAAGAUAAGUCAUCGGGUAUUUGCCGGAGAUUUUUCAGGUCAUUUUUGGUGGCGUGUAGAGAGUGCCAUGCCAUGGAACCUUCAACAAAAGAUGAUAUCCUGCAGGGAAUUGUGAAGCUGUGA